AUGGCGUCGUCUGCUGGACAUUCCUUGUUGCGGCCGUAUCGUGGAGGAGAUGACGACCUGGAAGCGUUCUUGCUGAAAUUCCGCGUGGUGUCACGGAUACAGAAAUGGACGUCGGAGGCUAAAAGAAUGGACCACUUUCCUUUAUUCCUAGACAAGGACGCGUUCACUGUUUGGAGUGCGCUGCCGGACGUCGAGCAGACCAGUGAGGAGGUUGUCCAUGGUGCGCUCCGAGCCGCUUUCUGCAUCACGCCAGCAGAGGCGUAUAAGAAGUUUGUGGCCAGAACUCUUCGUCGGGGAGAGAGCGUUGACGUCUACUUGGCCGACUUGAGGAGGUUUCUCCGCCAGAGUGGUCUUGUGGAAGCGCGUGACACUUCGUCAGGGAAGUCGUGUGACCCAGUACUCCUGGAGCAGUUUCUGCUCGGCAUUCCGCAGGCGCUGGCAUGUCAGCGGAAUUGCCCGCAGCUACCUAAGUCACCAGCAUCCGGCGAACCUGUUUGCUAUGGUUGCAAGGAGCGAGGCCACGUCCGCAGUGCGUGCCCCCAGCGGAAGGGGUGUGCUGGAGCAGCUGCGAGUGAGGAUGUCGGCCAUGUCUGCGUCGCGUCGGAGAUUGAUGGGCCCGCAGUAGCGUUGCCACGGAUCUUCUUGCCUGUGAAGCGUUGUGAUGCUGUGGCGUUUCGGCGUUGUGUUGCUGCCAUCGACUCGUGCUCAACACACACGUUGGUGUCUCGUCAGUUGGCAGAGGACUUGGCACUGGAGGUGACGACGUCAACGCCUGAUAUCAUCACCGUUGACGGCAAUACGCUCAAGGUAUUGGGCUCGGCUGUUCUGGAUGUCGAGCGGGUGGACGAGACGGUAUUUCUGCCUUUCUCGUCUGUGUCUGUAUCAAUUGUUCCGGAGUUGAGUGUUGUGAAUGCGGACGUGCUUCUGGGCCUCAACCUGAUAUCGCAGCAUGGCGGAGUCGACCUCAAGUACGCGGACUCCAAGCUCGUCGGAGCAUCUUUCGGUCAAGCAGCUUCAGCUUCCGCAGAUGUGCCCAGUUCGGACGUGCGCAAUGAUGACUGUGAUUCGCCUCAGCUGCUACGCCAUGUUACCGUGGAGCAUGACGGGGAAGAUGUCAUUCUGACCACUGCGGAUGGGUCAGUUCGUUGGCGCGCUCAUGUUGGCUACUGGGAGCUUACGUGGGCAUGGAAAGACGAACCCCCCACUCGUCCAGUCGGGUCAGGCAUUGGUGAAUACUCCCGGCAUAGCCUGUCAACAGACCAGGAAGCACAGUUCUGCGAGGAAGUGGACAUGUGGAUCCGCAAUGGAUGGUUGGUACCCCAUGACCAAGCAGUCCAUGGUGAGCCUGGUGCUGUGUUGCCCUUGUUGGCGGUGGCCCAGACGCACAAGGAGUCCACCCCUGUCCGCCCGUGUUUGGACUACCGGCAACUCAACAAGUUGAUUGUGUCGCAUCCAGGUUUGGACGUGCCUGUUUGCCAAGAGAAGUUGCGUCAGUGGAGGUCUAUUGGCAACGCCGGCAGCCACGUGUUGCUGGACAUCAGCAGGGCUUACCUCAACAUCCGCAUCGCGCCAGCUCUCGCCAAGUUCCAAACGGUCGUCUGGAAGGGCCAGCUGUUUGCAAUGGAGAGGAUGGGCUUCGGUCUAUCGAUUGCGCCCAAAUUCAUGGACAUAAUCGUCAAGUGGGUCCUCCGUGCGUAUGCUGAUGUGGACAACUAUGUCGACGAUUUGUAUGCUCCGAAGCCUCGUCUGCGUGCUGUCACCGAUCAGUUGUCGCAGUAUGGGUUGCCCACCAAGCCAGCGGAGCCAGUCGUCUCUGCUAGGGUACUUGGUCUGCAGCUGUCAGAGUCUGCAGAUGGCCAAGUGAGGUGGAAGCGUCGUGGUGACGUCAUGCCGACCUGUCACCCCGAUGCCAUCACACGACGCGAGAUUUUCAAGUGGUGUGGCAAGCUGACCAGCCACUAUCCCGUCGGCUCCUGGCUGCGCCCAGCGUGCAGUUAUCUGAAGCGUCUGUCUAGCCUUCAGCCUGGAUGGGAUGAUCCAGUGUCUCAUGAAGUCGUCGCUUGUGCGGAAGUCAUUCACCGUCUGCAGACCGAUGACCCUGCGCAAGGUGUGUGGUCAGUUCCUGAAGGCGCACAGUGGUCGUUGUGGUGUGAUGCUUCGGACAUUGCACAUGGUGCUGUCAUUCAGGCCGAUGGUAUGAUCGUCGAGGAUGGCUGCUGGCUGCGGCAGAAGGACGACCGGCGACACAUUAACAUCGCUGAGCUUGACGCCGUGAUCAAGGGAUUGAACCUUGACGUGCAGUGGCAAGUGAAGGAGCUCACGCUAUUCACCGAUUCCAAGACUGUGGCUGCUUGGUUGCAAUCGGUGCUUGGCAAUGUGUCUCGUGUUCGCGUCAGCGGCCUGCAGCAGGUACUUGUGCAGCGCCGUCUCCAGAUUAUCACUGAUCUCGUCGCUGUCACGGGCUUGACGGUCAAGGUCCAGUGGAUCAGCAGUCAGCAGAACAAGGCGGAUCAAUUGACCCGUGUUCCCAGCAGCUGGAUCCGAUGUGGCAAGACGCUCCUUGCUCGGACUGCACCGUCCGUCACCGCUGCGGUGGUGACCGUUGGUCCUUUCUCAUUGGACAGAGUAUCUGCUGCUCAGAAUGCAGAUCCUCGGAUUGUUUCGACUCGCCAGCAAGUCAUCGAUGGUGACCCAGUUACUGAUCCUGCGUUUGUCAAGGUCAAGUCACAGCUCGUACUCCAUGAUGGUAUGCUGUGUCGAAGUAUUAAGUUGCCGCCCAAUGAUGCAGUCGUCAUUCCUGUUAUUCCUAGUUCACUCGAGUCCGAUGUCGUUCGUGCUGCUCAUGUGAACUGUGGUCAUGCGUCUUGGGAGGGUACAUGGUGCUUCCUCCGCUCGAAGUGCUAUUUCCCGAACAUGGCUGCCCAAUGUCAGCAGUUUGUGCGCCACUGUUCGCCAUGUGCUGCUGGUGGUGAGAAAGUGGUGGAUGUUGAACUGCUGAAGCGUGAUGUUGGUGCUGAGGUGUUUGCUGAUGUGCCUGCUGCAGAUGCUGUUGCAGAUGUGCCUGCUGCAGAUGCUGUUGCUGAUGUGCCUGCUGCAGAUGCUGUUAUUGAUGUGCCUGCUGCAGAUGCUGUUAUUGAUGUGCCUGCUCCGGGUGCUGUCCCUGAUGCUGGGUCUGGGUUUGAUCCCCGUGAUCCUAAUAUUGUGCCGCUUCGAGCCCCUGCCGAUGAUCCUGCUCCGUAUCAGUUUCGCCCAUAUGGCCUCCGUCAGCCUGGUUCGCUUGCACCCCCUCAGCGCUUCCGUUAG